UCUGCCUUCACUUUUGUGAUGUUGCUUGUGAGUAACAGUGAACAAUAAGAGGUUUAUCACCGCAAGUCUAAAUUUGAGAUGCCUACUGGAUGUUGGUGACAUUGUGGCUUCAUGGAGAAUAUCCAGCCCCAGCAGUCUGUAUGGGACCUGUUAAAGGAUUGCGUGCCUGACUCUGAGCUUCCAGAGAUAAGGACUGUACUUGGAGAAGGACUGAUAGACAUGUACACUGAAAUAUAUUCGGAGAUGCAUAUGUGGGAGCAGAUUUGGCAAGAAGUUCAGAGUGAGAAGUGCAGGCCCCAGAUCCCCAGACGCUGCAUAACUCUGACUGAUCCCCCAGCCAUCAAAGACCUGCUACGGGCUGAGCUACAGCUACUGCUGCUCACUUUGCAAGAGAAAGCUGCCAGGCUGGGCAGAAAUGGAGAUGAUAUCAUGUCCCAGUAUAGUCCCAGGGUGGUGAGCUAUGCACUUGGUGACAGUGGCAGAAAAGGAAGUCCAGGCAGCCAGUGUGAAGCUGCAAUAUCACCUAGCAGGACUGCGUCCAGUUCCAGCAACAUUGGAAGCAGAUCAAGCCCAAGACUCUCUUCUCGCUCCAGCUGUGAAGAUGAAAUUGAGGGUUUGAGGCACAAAUUAAAUGUCACCCACAUUGAUGAGGUUGUGUCACAUCUCAAAUCAUGUCUUACUGAAGAGUGUGAGGCUUUGAAAAAGGACAUUCAAUUCCUACAGGAGAGUGUGGACUUAGAAUUUCAGAAGCAGAGGGAGCUGGAGUUAAUGGAGCCCACCCUAACAGAGCUAAAAGAGGAACGGCGCAUUAUCCAGAGAGACCUGCAUGUCCAGAGUUUGAUGAGUGAAUCCUCAGAUAAGCUGAAGCCAGGCAGCUCUCCAGUUCCCAGCAGGGAAGUAAGAUUGGCUGACUUUCCUGCAAGUAAUUCAGAGAUGGAGAAUCCAUCAGCCUCCCCGGUGCUGCCCAGGAUGAGUUGCCUUUAUCCCAAUCCCUCUCCUCCACACUUUAGCAGGCCUGUUCACUCGGGCAAGGCCAGACACAGACUGUCCCAUAAGGUUACUCAGCCUCUACCCCCGUCUCCUUCAAGCAGUCAGCCUCAAACACUGGACCUCGAUCACUCCCACACCAGCCUGAGCUGCUUGACAUCCACAACCUCCUCCACAGAGGGGCCACCACUGACGCAGAGUAGCUUGACUUUUUCCUCGACUCUACUGAGGCCUUCCAUCUGCAGUAGCAAGCCCAGAGAGGAAGCACAUGCGGGGCCCCCCAUGAGAAUCGCAGCAUCCAGACUGAGCCCAGCUGCAGGCCUUGUUCAUGGGCAGCAUUGUGGGUCCUCUGUUUGCUCCAAACAGCUGGGCCUGGAGGCAGAGGAAGCCAGAGCCAGGACUUUGAUGCCCACUCCACCUGCAGUGCAGAAAGUAGCCAGCAGAGGGCAGCAGGCAAGCAGACGCCUAACUCUCCCUCAAGCUGGAAGCCUGCUCAGCCCCUCCUGAACAAAUUGCUGCUAACUCCAGCUCUGUGGAGAGGAUUUUCCCUCUUCUAACACUCCAAUUUCAACAUUCAUUCAAAUUCAUUGGCUGAGUUCAAGUGUGUAAAGUAAGCAAGCAAAAAUGCUUAACACUGCAAUGCUGAGGACCACCAGGACUAGAGCCAGUGCAACCCAUCAUAGAUGCAUGAUGCACAGUGGUACAGGGCAGAGAUAUUCAAAUCUGGAAUUUGAUUUAGAAUCUAGUCCUAGAUAAAGAUACAGUUGGAUAAAAUAAUAACCCCCACACUCAAGUAAAACCAGAAUUCAGUUUUUAUGUUUGUUCAGCCACUUUUGUCAUCAGACUUAAGCAGGUACAUUGAGGGUGGAGACUCUUUGAUUUUAAUCCCUCUGUAUGGCAUGUUAAUAAUGUUGUAGGUACUUCUACAGUUUUAAGUGCUGCCUCUUAAAAAGGAGAACUUACCUAACAUUUUUUUCAGCUUACACGUGUUAGCAGUUUAGUCCAAAAUUAUCCAUGCAAGACACCAUUCAGGUGUGAUUUCCAGUGUAGCUCCUGAAGUACCCCUGCUCUGCAUAUGUUGAUGUUUUUACCUAAUCUAACUCAUCAGCAAAUUAAGAAGCCCUUCUUGAAUUGAAAAGGAUGUUAGAGCAUGGAAAAUAUUCAUAUAUGCAGGGAAGAACUAUUCCAGGACCAGGAUCAGAAACCUCCAUUGUAGUGAUUUUGAAACUGUAUAAUGGAAUCACAUUAAAGUAGCCACAAAAUUCCACAAGGAAAGACAUGCAAUGACAGGUGAUCUUUAAAAUAAACUUUAUUUUUUUUACCAUUUGAAAUUGAACAGUUUAAGAUAUAUAGCUGACAUGACUUAAGACAAUUUUUCAAUGCAAUUUGGCCCUAAGGUUCCAAAGACAUGGUUAGAUAUGUUUGAUAGAACGUACCGCGUUCAUUUCAUUGUGCUUCACUCUCACUGACCUCACAUUCUUUUUUUUUUAACACAUUGAGUACAUGUCCUGGACAAAUACUCAUACAGUAGUGGACACUGACCUUUUGCCAAAGCAUGAACCCUUCAUUUUAUUGCAGAAAUCGAACAAGAGAGGAGGCAGUAAAACCUGUUGCUUUUAAACAUCAUAAAAAGUGACACCAUAAAGUGCUGCAAUAACACAAAAAUGCAUGGUGCUUCAUUCAGAAAUGAAAGUUCUCCAAAAGAAUGCAGAGAAUCAGAGAGAAAUUCACAGUUUUAGUUAAGCUUUACUGUCACUGUCCAAAAGGUGCAUUUCUAGUUGA